AUGAAUGAAGAUCAACAAGAUGAUAAUCGACCAACACGCCAACAAAUUAUUGAAAUGCGAUGUUAUAUGUUAUUAUAUAUGAAACAACUUGUUAUAAGUAGUCCAGAUUUAGUUGUAAGUCUUAUGUCAGCACAUCCAAAAACAAUGUUACCUGCAUUUGAUCGUGGACAAAGAAUAAGAACUGUAUUUAAAUUAUUAGCAAGUAGUAAAGAAAUACUUGUAGAAAAACGUAAUGCAGAAAUUACUAGUGAUUGGAAAAUUGAACAUCCAUCAAUGAUUAAAGUAAUAGCAAUAUUACUUCGAAAUUCACCAGAUAAUAUUCAUUUAUAUGAUAUAAAAUCUCGUUUUCUUGAUGAUGUGAUUUUACUUUCAUCAGCAAGUCGAGAAAAUCGCUGUGAAUCAACUAAACCAAUAGCUGAUUUUAUUAAUCAUUCAAAUCAUCAAAUAUUUUGUGCUAAUGUUGUACAUAUUAUAUCUCCAAUGUCUGAAGUUUUAUGUAAUGUAUGUGGUGGUCUUUUACCAUUACUUGCUAGUGCAAUAUCAGCAUCACAUGAAAUUGAAAUAUUAGAAAAUACAGAAGAUUUAUCACCAUUCAAUGCAAUUAAAAUCUUAGAACAUGUUAUAAGUUUAGCAGAUUUAUUUAUUCUUGCAAAUAGUUCAAAUUUUUUUGAACUUAAACAAUAA